CCCGCCUCCCGCGACGACUUCGAUAUUGCCAUUGUCUGCGCCCUGCCCGUCGAGUUCGAUGCGGUCUGCCUUCUCGUGGACGAGUUUUGGGACACAGACGGCGAUACCUACGGCCGAGCUCCUGGCGACAAGAACCUUUACACGACCGGCCGUAUUGGCAGGCACAAUGUUGUCCUCGUCCUGAUGCCCGGCAUGGGCAAGGUCAGCGGUGCCAGCACUGCAGUCAGCCUGGGCUACAGCUACGCCAAACUCAAGCUCGUCAUCCUAGUAGGGGUCUGCGGCGGGGUUCCG